CGCCGCCGCCGCCGCCGCUGCUGGAGGAGCUCGUGGCGCUGAGAUCAUGUGAGAGUCCACGCCGGGAGAAAGUAGGUUCGCAGGAUAGACCGCCGUGGGGACUAUUCUCGCCAUACAUCCACGCCAUGACGUCCUUCGCGCGAUAGAGGAGACUUUAUUUCCCUCACUUGUCGCGCUUCUUCUUCUUCUUUUUUUGUCGUUAAUAUUUGCAGAGCCACUUUUGUGUCGGCUCCACGCUGCGUGUUCCCUGUCAGCUUCGACUGACUCCCAAGAAGAAGACGUCAAAAUGAGAGCUCAGAUCGAGGUCAUCCCCUGUAAAAUCUGUGGGGACAAGUCCUCGGGGAUCCACUAUGGUGUCAUCACCUGUGAAGGCUGCAAGGGUUUCUUCCGCCGCAGCCAGCAGAACAACGCCAUGUAUUCUUGUUCCCGCCAGAGGAACUGCUUGAUCGACCGAACCAACCGCAACCGCUGUCAGCACUGUCGCCUGCAGAAGUGUCUUGCUUUGGGCAUGAGCCGAGAUGCGGUAAAGUUUGGCCGUAUGUCCAAAAAGCAGCGUGAUAGCCUCUAUGCUGAGGUGCAAAAACACCAGAAGUCCCAGGAGUGCCUGGGCUCUGGAGGUGGGGGCCCCACCACCCUGUCCUUACCCAGGGAGGACGGCGGUGGCGGCGAGGACGGCGAGGAAGGCCUGAGCCGCUCCUACAGCAGCGGGGGCUCCACCUCCACCCUCAGCGACCUUGACGACAUCGCGGCGCUGCCAGAUCUGUUUGACCUGCCGCUGACCCCCGAGGAGGCCAGCGAGUACUGCAGCCUGGAGCUACUGGGCGGGAACAGCACGAGGAACACCUCCAACUCGUCCUCCGCUUCCUCCUCGUCCUCAUCGCUGUCCAAUCAGAAUUCUCCGCAGCAGACGAUGUUGGACGGGCCAGACAGUGGCAUCCAGCUGCUGCACACACAUCCACUACUUGGGGACACGCUGCUGGACCAGCUGCCGGACGACUGCUCAAUAUCAGACCUCGAGCGAAUGACUCAGAAUAUCGUGAAGUCUCACUUGGAGACGUGUCAAUACAGUGCUGAGGACAUGAAGAGAUUCACCUGGGUACAGUACACGCCCGAGGACACGCGGGCCUUUCAGAACAAGUCAGCUGAAUGGAUGUGGCAGCAGUGUGCACACCACAUCACCAACGCCAUCCAGUACGUGGUGGAGUUUGCCAAACGAAUCGGCGGUUUCAUGGAUCUGUGUCAGAACGACCAGAUCAUAUUGCUGAAAGCAGGAUGCCUGGAGGUCCUGCUGAUCCGCAUGUGUCGGGCGUUUAACGUCAACAACAGCACUCUUUUCUUCAACGGAAAAUUCGCCUCGGCUCAGUUCUUCAAAGCACUUGGUUGUGAUGACCUCGCGAGUGCAGUGUUUGAACUAGGAAAAGGACUCUGCCGGCUCCAGCUGUCUGAUGAAGAGAUGGCUCUGUUUAGUGCGGCCGUCCUGCUCUCCCCUGAUCGGCCUUGGUUGACAGAAGGCCAAAAGGUCCAGAAGCUCCAGGAGAAAGUCUACCUGGCCCUGCAGCACAGUCUUCACCAGAGUGGUUCUGAGGAGAAACUGGACAAGAUAAUGUCCAAACUACCCAUCAUGAAGUCCAUCUGCAACCUCCACAUUGACAAACUGGAGUUUUUCCGCCUGGUCCACCCAGAGACGGCGUACAGUUUCCCGCCGCUGUACCGGGAGGUGUUUGCCAGCGAGAUGUCGCUGCCCGACUCCACCAACAGCUAGACUGACGACAGACUGACUGACAGAGAGAUGGUAUCCACAGGAAGAAAGUAGACAAGAGCAGGAUAAAGACGUUCCAAGCUCAACAAACCAGCAGUCGAAGGACAAUCCAGGACUUUAAACAACUCCGUCUCCCGGGAAUUCCAAAGUAGUCCUCCACUUUCCGAGCAGGCGAAGCACCUUACACUACAGACCACGCACGCUCUCUUGCUCUUCUGCGAACCGUAGCAGCGCCAACAAGCAGACGCAUUAGACGUAUAUACCAAGUUGUGACACUUGUUCAGCAUCCGAUCCGCAACGGAUCGCCCCCCCCACCAGUCAUGAAUGUACCUCAUUGACCCAGAACUGAAUGUACCACCCUGUCACGGUUGUAUACAGUCUUAGAAAAGUACCAUUUCAGUGUGGUAUAUGCGCACAUACACUAUAUUGCCAAAAGUCCUUGGCCACCUAUCCAAAUGAUGAGAACCAGGUGUCCUAAUCACUUGGCCCGGGGUAUAAAACCAAGCACUUAGGCAUGGAAACUGUUUCUACAAACAUUUGGGAAAGAAUGGGCCAGCGUGGAACUGUCAUAAAAUGCCACCAGUGCAACAAAUCCAGUGGUGAAAUUUCCUAGCUCCUAAAUAUUCCAAUAUUAUAAGAAAAUGGAAGAUUUGGGGAACAACAGCAACCAAGCGGUAGGCCACGUAAACUGACAGAGAGGUCAGCAUAGUGCAAAGACUUUCUGCACAGUCACUUGCUACAGAGCUCCAAUCUUCACGUGACCUUCCAAUUAGCCCACGUACUAGAGAUGCGCGGAUAGGCAAUUAUUUCAUCCGCAACCGCAUCAGAAAGUCGUCAACCAUCCGCAAUCCACCCGAUCUAACAUUUGAUCAGAACCGCAUCCGCCCGCCAUCCGCCCGUUGUUAUAUAUCUAAUAUAGACGAUGCAAGGCAUUAGUGAGGUUAUAAAGUUUUUGCCUGUUAAAGAAAGGAGACUGAUCCAAUGCAGCACAGACAUUCGCGUGCCACGCUGUCACGACCCAGACGCACACCAGUGCGCAAUCAUAUGGGAGCCGCGCUGAGCGCACCUCCAAGCGCGUCUCGCUGCCGGCGACGGCCCGGGUAUAUGGGCCCGACGCUCCAGCACCAUCCAUUUUCAGGGCUAGUUGAUUCGGCAGGUGGG